UUCAGCAUGUUUUACCCAAGAAAUGACGUCCAGAAAGGGUUAUCUUCUUCGACCGUCAAAUUAUACCACGAAGAUGGCAUGCUCCGACAGCCCAUCUGCAAAUUCGUUUUUGGUGGACUCUUUGAUAAGCGGCAGAACCGAAGGAAGUGCUCACUACUACCAAAACGGUGGCGUGUACUUGCCACCCAGCUCCGAUUAUUCAUAUGGACUUUCUAAUUGUGGUUAUUUCCCCGGACCCAAACGGACAGAGAACCAAAAUAUGGUACCUACAACUGGCCCAUAUAUGCAAGGAAUGGAAUCGUGGUUGGAGGCUUCGAGGUCGUGUCGCACUGAACAGCUAAGCAGCCAUGGCGUUUCCCGGUCAUUCUCCCCUGCCAUAAAAGAAGAAAACUCUUAUUGCUUCUACGAGUCAGGGAAGUGUCUAAAAAGCACAGGGACGGAAGACAUAGCUUAUUCCCGGGUGACGACCAGCGUAUGUCCAGCAGGGAGUAACAGCAGCGUUCCUGUACCUGGUUACUUUCGCCUCUCACAAACGUGUUCGUCGUCCAAAGGUUAUUAUCCAACCGAUCUGUCUGAUUCGGGGCAUUUUGGCCGUUUCGAGGAACCACGUCCAAUAAUUUCUGCAGAAACAAACAGGACAGAAAUCGAAGAGCUGGCCGCCCAAACAGACGAGGAGAGCCAGAUAUCACCGAGCGGCCCAUCUUCAUCUCCACGACCAACAGAAAGUGAAGCAGAAAACCCACAAAAAGCGAAUGAAGGAGAAUGUAAAAGUGACAGCACGGCUAACUGGUUGACGGCGAAAAGUGGGAGAAAGAAGCGCUGUCCCUACACUAAGCACCAGACUUUGGAGUUGGAGAAAGAAUUCCUCUUUAACAUGUACCUGACCAGAGAGAGGCGUCUGGAAAUUAGUCGAAGUGUGCACCUAACGGACAGACAAGUAAAAAUCUGGUUUCAAAACCGCCGCAUGAAGUUAAAGAAAAUGACUCGAGAAAACCGCGUUCGCGAGCUGUCGGCGAACUUCAGCUUCGCCUGAGGAAGGAGCUCUGACGCCCUCAAGCAGCUAAAGCGCGUGCUCAGUUUAUUGUCAAAGCGCGCACUCCGGAUCUGUACAUAUAAUGCUAACUUAUUGUCGUAUAUACUACUGUCUGAAUCAUUUUAAUGUUCAUUUUACUUCACAUUUUUGUCCCAGUACUCCAUCAUUAUUAUUUAUUAUCCAACUGCAUUGGAUGUAGUCAACAUUUUUUUUUUUAAUUACUGUUGUUUUCUUAAAAGGUGUAUAUAAAAGGACAGUAGUAUAUAUUAACUGUAUAUAGUAUGGCAAUAUUUGCAUGAUGUAAUAUUAAUUGCAAUUACAAUCAUCAUUUAACAUUAUUGAUUAUUAAGUCCAUGUUAAUGAUGAUGACUGAUUUUGAAUUAGCCAAAAUGUUAAUGUGACCGAAUCUCACGUAUAGGAUAGAUGCAGUUUACUUUUUGGCAAUUCGUGCAGUUGUGAGAUCCCAGUUUCCAUUAAUCUAUUGUGAUAGUUUUAUCACAGAUAAUUGCAUCUGCGGCGUACUUUUGUAACAUUACAGUAUGCGUAGUUUUGGGCGACUACUAGGAAAUGUCCCUUUUGUAGAUAUCCCAAUCUGUAUAAGUCACCAAGGUGCAAUAUGAUUUUCAUAGAGGGUUGUUCGACAGAAUUUAUAGGCCUAAUUUGCCACAAAGUAAUUGUGUAAACAGUCUGUUUAAACAAAACCUAAACCAGUUUAUUUCUGACACCGCAUUUCCCCAAUCUUGUGGCAUUCUAUGAGCUUUUCUGAAACUAGUAACUAUUUGAAAACAUACCUAAAACACAUUUAUAAUACUUUUUUUAGAUGCCUGUGUGUCUGAAUUAAAAUAAAUA